AUGGGAACCUCAUCAGGCGCAAAUUUCCAUCAACAGUUUCCACAGGGGAUGCCGCCCCCACGGCACAAUGGGGGCACCCCAAACCUGCAGACUUCCCUCUCUUUGGCCUCGUCAGACCAAGUUGGUACGCCAGAUAUGCAGGAGCGUGCGUCAAAUUCUGACCCGGGUCAUGACUCUGCCACUGAGAGUGCCAGUUCAAGGGAGACCUGGCCUGUAGAGCCAAACAAAAGCAGUGGUGGUGAUGCUGCGACCACUAUUAGAAUAGUGGAUAAAGAUAAGGAGGUAGCCACCAAAGGUGUUGCUGAACGGCAAGUCAUUCGUAGGAUCCCAAGUACCGGUAGAGUGACUCUCCGGGAGGUUGCUCGGGAAAGGGUUGAUCUAGUCGCUGAGAAAAUGAAGGUUAUGCCAGAUGAGGUGUUGGAUGAAAUCAAGAGUGAACUUCGGUCAAUUCUUGAAGGAACUGGGGGUUCUCAUCAUGUUGAGGAGUUCUUGUACCUGCAGAAGGUCGUCCAGAAUAGGGUGGAUUUGACACCAACUACACUUUUGAUGCCACACCAUGUUCAGCUGGAGAUUCUUGUUGCCAUCAAGACUGGAAUCCAGGCAUUUUUGCAUCCAAGUGUUAAUUUACCCCUGAGUCAUCUUGCUGAGGUUUACUUGUACAAGAGGUGCCGGAACAUCGCCUGUAAGAGUGCUCUCCCUGCCGAAGAGUGUAGGUGCAAUAUAUGUAGCAACAGGAAUGGCUUUUGCAACCUUUGCAUGUGUGUGAUCUGCAAUAAGUUUGACUUUGAAGUCAAUACAUGCAGCUGGAUUGGGUGUGAUGUCUGCUCUCACUGGACUCACACUGAUUGUGCAAUCCGUGAUGAGCAGAUUGGGUCCGGACAGAAAAUUAAUAACGGAAUUGCCCAUCCGGAGAUGCUUUUUCGGUGCCAAGCCUGCCAAAGGACAUCUGAGCUGUUGGGGUGGGUUAGGGAUGUAUUCCAACAAUGUGCUCCUGGCUGGGACAGGGAUGCGUUGUUACGAGAACUUGAGUGUGUUUGUAAGAUUUUCCGUCUAAGCGAGGACUCAAAAGGGAGGAACUUGUUCAGGAGAUGUGAUGAUCUGAUCGAAAGACUAAGAAGUGGUACUGCUCAAUCCAUGAGUCCUAGAGCGCUGCUGCCGGCACUCCAAGAGCUUGAGAUGGAUUUUUCAAAGAUGUCCGAAAAUGAAGAAUUGGGGCGCCUGAUCACUCCACAUGAGGCCUGCAAUCGAAUUGCUGAGGUUGUCCAAGAGGCUGUCAGAAAGAUGGAGACCGUGGCUGAAGAGAAGAUGCAGAUGUUCAAGAAGGCUCGCCUCGCGGUGGAUUCCUGCGAGCGUGAGCUGGAGGAGAAGACACGGGAGGCACGGGAGCUCAAGGCGGAGCAGCUGCGUAAGCAGCAGCAGGUGGAGGAGCUGGAGAGCAUGAUCCGGCUGAAGAGUGCUGAGGCCGAGAUGUUCCAGCUGAAGGCCAACGAGGCCCGGCAGGAGGCAGAGCAGCUCCAGAGCAUUGCGUUGGCCAAGUCGGAGAAGGCGGAGCAGGACUAUGCGAGCAUGUACCUCAGGCGCCGCCUGGAGGAGGCCGAGGCAGAGAAGCAGUCAAUCUUUGAGAAGAUCAAGCUGCGGGAGAACCCGAGGCCGCUGGCAACGGUGCCUCCCCAGGCGAGCAGUAGUGCUGCCACCGCGGCCCUCACCCCUGGCGACUCAUCACAGAUGAUGAUGCUGUCCAAGAUCCAGGACCUGCUGAAGAACGUCCGCAGCAUGCCGUCUGGCAAGUCGGACGUGCGGCAGUCGAAAUAG